UCACCCGAAAACACAAACAAAGAAACGUGGCCCCAACGGCCUGUAUUGCCUUCUUUUUUUCGUUCAUAUAGCCACUAAACCCGCUUAAGAGUCUGACUGAAACAGCAGAACAGAACUGAAACUUGCAACGGCUGUUCUCUAACCAAAAUGCAUGGUUUCUAGCAAACAGUCCAAACUGCUUUGGUGUAUAACUCAGCAGAUGAUAAACGCAAACCGAUAAAUAGCCUAGAGACCUGCCUUUUUUUUGUCAUUUUAGAUAAACCAGGCAUGAAAGCCUUGUGUGCAAUGUCACCUAUAUGGCAAUAUCACUAGAAUUAAUUUACCCAGUGUCUGUAGAGGGAGCCAUGGCAACGCAAGAACCUUCUCCCCCUUCAUCAAUGGAGAGCAACAAACCAGGUUUCCCCAAGAAGAUCUUGGCCAAUAAGCUGGAGGAUAAGCACCUUUGCAACUGCUGUCAUAACAUUUUGAGGAGACCAUUCCAAGCUCAGUGUGGUCAUCGGUUUUGUUCCUACUGCUUUAACAGAACUGUCAGCAAUGGACCCCAGAAAUGCAAUGCCUGUAUCAAGGAGGACAUAUUUGAAGAGCCGACAUCUAUUCUCAAACAAGGCUGUGCAUUUCCUGACAAUGCAGCUCGAAGAGAGGUGGAGACGCUUGCUGCUAUUUGCGUUCAUGAAGGUUGCACAUGGAAGGGCAGCAUCAAAGAAUAUGAGCUAAGCCACGAGGGAAAGUGCGAGUUCAUGAUCAUCCCCUGUCCCUCGUGCAAGGAGCGCCUCCGCUUCAACGAACAGGAAAGGCACAAUGAGCGCGAAUGUCCGGAGAGAACCCUCAACUGCAAGUACUGCAAAGAGCCAUUUCAUUUCAAAAACAUUAAGGCACAUGAUGAGAUCUGCCCCAAGUAUCCGAUGAUCUGUGAAGGCUGCGCAAAGAAGAAAAUCCCCCGGGAAAAGUAUGUCGACCACAUAAAGUUUUGCAGCAAAUUCAGAACUCCAUGCAGAUAUCACGUGGUGGGCUGUGACAUGUUGGUUGAGAAGGAGAAGAUCCACGAGCACGAGCGUGCCUGUGCCCACGAGCAUCUGAACCUGCUGCUGCACUUCAUCAUGGGCAUGAAGCUGAGUCUGGAGGGCAUGCAGCCCCAGAGCCUGGAGCUCGCCGGGUACAAGGCCCACGAGCUGCACCAGUCCCUGCGCGAGCUGGAGGCCCGCGUCAGCCAGCUGAACGCCAUGUCCGCUCCCAUCGUCGGGCCUUCCGUGCAGGGGGCCUCGUCCUCAUCCUCCUCGUCCUCCGCAGGCGCCUCCGGUUCCGCGGCGGCGGCGGCUCCCCCUCUUCCCACCCCGACGCUGAACACGUUGAACACGCUGAACACGUCCUUUACCCCCCUGCCCAGCUCUGUGGGCGCGGCGCUGGAGCUCCAGCUGCACAGCGAGAAAACCAAGGUGGCCGAGCUGGGCAGGCGCUGCCAGGAGCUGGAGGUGAAGUCGGGCACCUUCCAGGACGUGGUGUGCGUGCUGAACCGUGAGGUGGAGCGCUUCGCCACCACCAUCGAGGCCAGCAACCGGCAGCACCGACUGGACCAGGACAAGAUCGAAGCUCUGAGCAACAAGGUCCGGCAGCUGGAGAGAACGGUGGGGGUGAAGGACCUGACGGUGGCUGAGCUGGAGGGGAGGCUGCGCGAGAUGGCUGCCACCACUUUCGACGGCGUCUUCAUCUGGAGGAUCUCAGACUUCACCAAAAAGCGUCAGGACGCCAUUGCUGGGCGAGCUCCUGCCAUGUUUUCCCCCGCGUUUUACACCAGCAAGUACGGCUAUAAGAUGUGUUUACGGAUCUACCUGAAUGGGGACGGGACAGGACGGGGCUCUCAUCUCUCGCUGUUCUUUGUCGUGAUGAGGGGACAGAGUGAUGCCCUGCUCAAAUGGCCAUUCAACCAAAAGGUAACCCUUAUGCUCCUGGACCAGAGCAACCGGGAGCACAUCAUCGAUGCCUUCCGUCCCGAUGUCACUUCCUCCUCCUUCCAAAGGCCCGUGAGUGAGAUGAACAUCGCCAGCGGCUGUCCGCUCUUCUGCCCACUCUCCAAGCUUGAGGGCAAGAACACGUACAUACGUGACGACACCAUCUUCAUCAAGGCCAUCGUUGAUCUCACAGGCCUCUAGUCCGAUGGCCCUUGUUCUAGGUUUCGAGGCGGUUCUCCCACUGCAUAAACAUACUGGGUCAUGUGACCAGCUUGCAGAUUUUUGACAGGGUAUUUUGCACACCAGACUUGUUUUGUUUGUCCAGAGGUCUGUGUUCAUGGCACAUCCUUUCACCUGCAUGCGAAUGCUGACCCAGCAUGUCUCGCACUGAUGCCGUGGCAGGCUCGGCUGGUGCCACUAGGGGGAGCUAGAGCUCCACGUGACUCUCACCCUCACAAGCACGUCAGCACAAGAAGGGGUCAGCUUCAGCUGAGAUGACGUUUAAAGAGGGCUAUGUGUGACCGUCAGUUGUCAGUGUUGUUUACAUUUUAGGAGAGCUUAAUUUAGAAACGGCGACAAUAGGCCUGCUUGGCCUGUUUCUGUCUGGUGCUGUGUAACUGCUUUUUGGUAUAACAGGGUAAAUUGUGUUGAAAUUAUGCCAGUAUUUCUAUAAAUAAAACAGUGAUAUCAAAAAUAGGUUUAGGAAUACAGUCCGAUCCUUAGUGGAGAUGCACCCAUGUAGACAGGGGAGGCAGACUGUAAGUGCCAAUGAAGGGGAAACAGCAGUGUUGUCAUUGAUUAUGGAUUUGCCCCAGUGUUUUCAUUGAUUAUGGAUUUGCCCCAGUGUUUUCAUUGAUUAUGGAUUUGCCCCAAUUUUUAAACCUCAAACUUCAGCCCUUUUUGGAGAGUGGUUUCGAUUAUGCUUGCUUGUUGUAGCGAUCAUGAAUUUGCAGAGAAGAAACGUGGAGUUACUGAAAAAAAAGUAAUUGGCAGUUUUAAUAUUAAUGUAGGUGCAAUUUGCAUGUCAACCAACCUAGCAUCUCUUUAGUUGGCCUUUGAGAGAGAAAUGUCUUUGUCUUUAGCAGCUUGUGUAGGAGUAGACUUCUUUCAUGUUAUUGUGAAUGGCAACAUUCCAUUUACUGUGUGCAUCAAGGUCAGUGAGUGGUUCUAGAUUUGAGGGCUGGUUUGUUACAUCUGUGGAAGAUACAUUUGGAGUUAUCAGGGUUUUGGCAGUAGCUCACAGCAGAGGUUUCAUAUCUUUCAUAUUUCCAAAGCUCUUUCCUGCCGACUGCGCCGAUUUGGUAUGUAUCCCUCGACAUUCUGCAUUUAUCUGACCUAACCAACAGGGUAUUGGCUUCCUGCUAUGGUAUUGCUUGUUGCUUUUGUUUGUUUCUCUCUCUCUCUCUCUCUCUCUCUCUCUCUCUUUCUCUCAUCUGAGAACCUUGGUUUAGCAGUGUUGGGAAUGGAAUGUAAAACUAUUGGACAUAUUGAGUGCAAUGGGAUGGAAGUUUGUAGAAGUUUUAUUGAAGAUUUAACAAUGGAUGGAAAUGCCUUGAAAGGAACUAACCUAUGAGAUUCGUGACCACGUGUGCAAUGUCUAAUUAGUUAAAUAGAAAGGUAGGCUAGUUUUGAUGGAGGGAGUGUUUGGCAAGUUGAACUGUGAGCUGGUGUUUACAACUGUAAUGUUGAGAUGUCAUAUAAGGGUAUGUGAUAUGUGUUAAAAUGGUCUGUAUUAGCGACGUGGUGUGCAAUUUGCUAUUAGCUUUUCUUCCAUUUGGCUUUAACAAAUUCUUUUGAAGUAGUGGUGGUUAUUUUUUAAACCAGCCAUGACAGGUCUUGAAGCUUCUCUGUGCAUGAGAGGCUUCGACGGAUAUAAAGUUUUAUCGUGUGUUUAUCUAUGAUCUUAGACACUAGGUCAGCAGUGGACACACAUCUUUAUAUUUUAAUGAAUAUCACAUUAUUAUACUAUUAUAUUAUAUACGAUGCUGCUUAUAUAUUUUCUUAAAUUAUCAGCAGUAAUAACUUUAAUCCUUAAAGAAUAAUAUAUAUACUUUUAAUAUUAUGAUAUAUACUAAUCUAGCACCUAUUAUCAAGUACAUGUAUGAGAACACUAUUCAGUGAAAUUGCGUGAUAUAUGUUUUAUUAUGGAUAUAGCCACAUAGCUGAUUUUUGUGCUGUCAUGGUGGUUUAAAAAUGUUUUGGGGGCAUUUAACAAAUGCUAUACCUGUUGCGGUAUUAAACGUUAUUGUUGCCAAAUGCACAGAAAAUAUUUAGAUCGUUAUAAUCAAAGUGCUCAAAAAUCUGUUGGUCCUUGCUGUCAUAUGAUGACUGAUAGAGUUGAUACUGCUUAUGCAGCGAUGUGUAACAGUUUAAGCAACAAAUGCCAAACUUUAACGGAAGCUGAUGUACUUUGUAAUACUCUUCCUACUUGUUAUUGUGCCAAAUGUGUAGAGGGUUGAAAGUUUUAACAUGGUUUGAAGCAUAGUUUGAAUGUAAGGAAGGCUCUGUGCAAUUUUAUACAAUGUGUUUACAUGCUAAAUGCUGCCCAUGUUAACUUCUUUCUACAAGAACUGUGUCCUAAAAUUGGUGUGUUGAAAUUCGUUUUCAGUUCUAGUGUAUUUAUAAUUGAUGUUAUUCAAAGCCCAUAUUACAGUUUUUAAUUGUAUCAAUGCUGUAUUUGACCAUUUUGUCAAUAAAGGCAAUUCAAAUACA